ACACCUGAGCGGGAGUAUUUGCUGCGAUUGUCUUUCAUGGAAGUAUACAACGAGGAAGUGAUGGAUCUUCUAAGUGGGCAGACAAAUCUGAAGCUGCAGGAGAAUACUAAUGGCAUGAUUUUCAUCCCCGGUUUAAAAGAGGAAAUCGCUAGCAGCGAGGAGGAAAUUUUUUCGUUGCUUCGUUUGGGAGAAGACGAUGGCGAAGGCGUGGUGGUCGUUUCACAGCUCAAUAUCGUAGAUCUGGCCGGUUCAGAACGGGCUUCACAGGCGGCUACGACGGGUAAUCGGCUUAAGGAAGGCUGCUCGAUCAACCGCAGUCUUCUUACACUGUCGCGCGUCAUACGCACGCCUUUCGUUAACUACCGGGACUCCAAGCUUACGCGAAUAUUGCAGAAUUCGCUCGGUGGUAAUAGCAAGACAGCGAUCAUCUGUACCGUUACCCCGGCUUCAAUCGACGAAACGGAGAGUACGCUUCGGUUUGCUACGAGAGCAAAGGAUAUCAAAAACAGACCGGUUCGCAAUGAAGAUCUUACUGAUGAAGCAUUGCUGCGUCGUUACAAGAAGAAAAUUUCUGAAAUGCAGAGCCAAAUAAAUAAGCUUGUGGAGUCGUCUUCGUUGCAAGAACUCCAGCAAGAAAAGGACCUGCUGGCCGAACAACUCCGUGAAAAAGAGGAAAAAAUUAUGGAUAUGAAGCGUUUAAUAUGUAUCAGCAGUCGACUGACCGCUAGUCCUUUGGCCAAAGAUCUUUCGAAAGAGUUGCGUAAUCGCCGCGAAACCUGGUGCCCUGGUAUUAGGUCACCACCAUCCGUCCUUUUUUCUUCCCGUCUGACUAUCUCUCGCUGUGGAAUGAAACGAAAAAUGCCUCUGGCCGUCUGUACUGAGAACAGUGAAGAGGAACCCGAUGGUAGCCAGGAAGAGGUCGACCCAAAGAUUAAUGCUGUUAAUGAUCUGGAUGAAGAGGAACCCGACCGAUCAACUGCGACAACAUCUGGUGGAAGCGAAGACCCGCGGUCAGUCACCUCAGAUGAUGUCGUUUCAUUGCGCAGCGCAAAGGUGGCGACGCAUCUGCUUGAGAACUGGGACUACCAGCGAAUAUUCAAAAUGCCAGUAUCCUAUCCAGCAGGAUUGGGCAAACUAAUUAAUGACCUGGAGAGAGAAAAGGCAGAAAAACAGGCGCUGAUAACGGAGUGCGCCGAUGCGAAUGCGACCUGUGAGAAACUGUUCCUCGAACAGGCAGUACUCCAAACGAGGCUGACCAAGUUGUUGGCUGUAGAGGCCACAAAUGACCAGCUUUCACAGGAAGUGCGACAACUGCUUAUGCAGCAGUCGAACGGACAGAAGUUGUGUUCAGAUUGGCUUGUGCAGCUGGACACUUCAUGGAAAGACCGCGAAGAGGGGUUGCUUGCCAAACUACUAGACGUGUCCGAUAGAAUCACGCGGUUCGAGCAGAUUGUUAACAAGCUGAAAGUCAAUCUAUCACAGCGGAUGGCAGAAAGUCGUGAGAUCGGCGCAGUCAAUCUAUACAAUUUGUCGCUGAUGCUUAACAUUUCAGAUGACCUUCACAGCAAGGCAGCUGAUUCACCGAAAGUCUGCUCUGACGCAGCACAACAGACAGAUGAAAAUUUUACGACCAAACAGACGUUACACGUCACUGCGGACGUUUCCCUACAGACUGAAGCCGAACUCUCGUCACCACCGGUUUUUCACGAAGUACGUCGUUGUCAUCGUCAGUAA